AUGGACGUUGACGACGACGAGGAUUUCUACUCUCCUGAGCCUACAGAGGCGACGGAAAAGGUGACAAAGACGGAAGCUUCAGCGUCGCCGACACCAGUUCCCAAGGAGGAGCCGAAGACGGAGCUGGAGGAAGGCGAGGAGGAAGAUGAAGGUGGUGCGAUGGAUGAGGACGACAGUGAUUCAGAUAUCGACAUCAUCACGGAGCGCAAAGACGGCACAAAAGCUGCCCCACCAACACAAUCGAGGUACAGCGACAUUCGCAACAUCCCUCAAAGGACCGCUUCUAGCGACAUCGCCGUCAAACCAGCAGCCCCGGCUGCGCCCUCGUCCAAGUCCCCCGCACCCAAGUUCGAGUCUCCUGCAGUCGCCCUGGCUGUGCCCAGUGCCGACAAGGUCGCCGCCGCCGCAUCAAGUUCGAAGAUUGACGUCAACGGCAAUCCCAUCCAUGCAGGCUCGGGCAAGCACAUCACGGCAGUCAACAUUGACGAGGACCUCGGCGAUAACGAAAAGCCAUGGCGUAAGCCUGGUACCGACAUCAGCGACUACUUCAACUAUGGCUUCGAUGAGUUCACGUGGGCAUUAUAUGCUGCCAAGCAGGAGGCCAUCCGCGGCGAGUUUAGCGGCGACCUCAUGAUGGCGGGCAACAACAAGAUGAUGGAAGACUUCAGCAAGAUGAUGAUGAUGGGAGGCGGUAUGAACAUGCCCGGCGGCGCGCAAGGUGCGCAGGGCCAGGCUGGUAUGGCCGGCAUGGGCGGCAUGGACGGCAUGCCGCCUGAGAUGCAGCAGAUGAUGCAGCAGAUGAUGAGCUCUGGCAUGGAUCCCAGCCAGAUGGACCCCGCAGCCAUGUCGGCCAUGUUUUCUGGCAUGCAGGGCCAAGCUGGUAACGCCAGCGUUCCGGGCGCACAGGGACAGAACUUUGGGCAGGGUUUCGGAGGCAACCAGGGCCAAUUUGGCGGGUUUGACCAGCAGGGUGGCAUGGGCGGUGUCAACCGUGGCGGCUUUGGUGGCCGGGGUCGAGGUCGGAGGUGGUGA